AUGCCGGAGAUUGAGUAUACAAUCCCUAGCCACAUAUUUGCGGAAUCUUGUCCUAUGUGCGAUGAGAUCGCAUUGGAUGAGGGGGAGAGAAGAGAGGGGUUUGUGGCGAGAUAUCCCAGGGGUUGGGUUUUGGUGGCUUGCAAGAGACAUGUGGAUGUGUUGAGAACAACAAACGAAGUACCUGAGGCGCCGCCAUCAAACACCAUAACCAUACCAACCACCGCCUCCGCUACAGCACAAGAUCCCUGUCCCAUCUGCAUAUCCAACCCACCACAUCUGCACCUCGACUGCAACCACGCCUUCUGCACCCCCUGUCUAACAAACUGGCAAACCGCCUCCCUCGACACAUCCCUUUCCUCCUGGCUAACCUCAACCCCCUUACUCCUUCCUCAAUAUCCCAUCCUAGCCGCAACCCUAAAGUCGAGAUUUACGUGUCCGAUGUGCAGAACAAAUCUCCAAUUCACAAAACAAAGCAGGAGGAAAAAGAAGAUGAGGAACCAGAGGGCCAGAGGGGAGGAAUUGACGGGGGGAAUAGGGGCGAGGAGUAGGAGGGGUGGGCAGAGGAAUAGAAGAAGAAGAGGAGGGAGGGAAGUUCCUUGUGUUGAGGCGCCGCCGUCAGAGAGUAUGCCAGUGGUGGAACGAGCACAAGCCAGCCAAAAUGAUUUCACGGGAGUGGAGUAA